UGGCAACAUCGGCGCUGGGAGUCGGGCGAGGGAGUGAGAUGCCCACGCAAACGCCCUUCCGCGGGAAGUAGUAUCCGCCUUGCCUCCUACCAUAUCGCUGCGACCCUCAUGGCCAUUGGCUCCCGCCCCACGCUCGUUCCCCUCCACCUCUCCUUACUACUCUUAAUCUUAUCUUUGCGCACAACGGCCAAGCUCGUGACGCGCACGAUCGACGACACGGCCGGCGACUCCGCGACGGGCGCGGUGCCGAGCUACGCGCCCGCAGACCAGUUCAGCCUCAACUCGAAUUGCGGCGGGUGCGUGUACCACCCGGACCCCGGACGGACGUUCGGCGGGACGUGGCACGACACGUCCCAGGUAGACGCCCAGGCGCGCAGCGUCAGCUUCUCGUUCACGGGAACAUCGGUCAGCAUCUUCUGCACGCUCGUGAACCGGCAAAGCCCGGCGACCUUCCUCGGCGCGACGCACCUCGCGCUCGCCGUCGACGGCGCCGCCCGGGGCACAUUCGACCACACCCCCGACGGCUCCGCCGACUUCGCGUACCAGCAGCCGGUCUUCCGCGUCGCCGGCCUGCCCAGCGCGCGCCACAGCGUCGUCCUCACCACGAACAGCGCCCAGGGCUCGUAUUUGGUGUUCGACUAUGCGAGCUACACUUUCGACGACGGAGCCGCCGACCCGCCGCCGGCCAACCCGCCCCCUGCGAACCCGCCCCCUGCGCAGACGGUCGCGACGACUGACACCAAGACCGUUGUGUCGACCGCGCCGGCGACCGGGCCGACCACGACGGCGACGACGACGACGACGCUGGGUGGUGUCGGCGGAAGCCCGGUGUCGGCGUCGGCGCCGGGCCCGGGGUCGGGCGGCCCGAGUCCGGACUGGCACGCUUCAGCCGGCGCGUCCACGCCCGCCCAGCUGCUGGGGCCGGGGACCUCCUCCGCCGGCGCGUCGCCCGCAUCCUCGGCCGGCUCGGCCGCGGCGGUUACAGGCGCCGCGGCGCAGAAACACACGGGCGUCGCUGCGGUCGUUGCGGGUGUGCUCGCGGGCGUCGUCGGGCUCUUGCUGGCGCUGCUUGUGGUGGUGCUGUGUCGCCGGAAGCGCCGCCGCCGGGACGAGGCGACGGAGAUGACGCAGGCGCGGCCGCUCCCGGUGGCCGUGCCCGUGGCCGUGGCCCAAGUUGGUGAUGGCGGGCAAGAAUACCGGACGCCACUCUCCGGGGCCGGGACGAUAGGCGACCCCGAAAAGGCCGUGUUGGGGCAGAACCUGUAUGAACCGCACCACCACGCAUCCAUAGCCACGUUCACCUCCGGGUCCGGGUCCGACUUGUCCCAACCCGGGCACGGAGCACAGACAGGCCGGCUGUCCGGGCUGCUGGACGACGACCUGGAGUACUACGCCGCCGCGUCCGCCGUGACGUCGGUCAGCGGCACCGCGCGCGCGACCGCGCCGUCCGUCCUCUCCCGCGCGCCGACGUUCCGCUCCGAGGACAUGUACAGCCACGGCCGGGCCCAGUGGCAGCGCGACGGCCCGGACCCGCCGCCGGGCUACGAGCGCACGGACUCGGGCGUGUAUGCGCACGCGGGCUUCUUCCCGGCGAGCCUGAGUGUGUCCUCUGGAUCGGCUUGA